AAAAAACUAACGCCGCCCUUCUUGGAAGGUCCGAAGUCAGGCAAAUCGGAGAGACACUUGGCAACGCGACGAGACGCCACGUUUAAUAUUACAUAUUAGGGGCAACCACGCCACCUAGCUCAGUGUCUCCCUCUCGAUUCUUGGCACCCGUUAUGAGUUCAAAAAGCAAAGCCACUGGAACAUUCGAUCGAAUGAAAUAGUUAAACCUCUCUCCGUUUCGAUUAGGGUUUUGUCUCCUCUCUGCCGCCGCGCGAAUCCGAUCCGGAGCUCUUCUAUUCCGGUACGCUCGAGAGCUCUUCGAUUCGGUUAAUGAAACCUCGAUUCUGUCUGGCUUCAAUCCAUCCGAGAUUUUGAGUGGUGUGCAUGGCACAUGCUCACCGGAGUCAGAACAGUGUUGCUCUGGUUCAUUCACAGCCGUUGAUACAUCCUCAACCUCCAGUCGUGAACGCUCCGGUCGGCUUUGUUCCGAGACCGGUCGGCGUGAUAAACCCUAGCUUCGGUCCUGUGCCGCCUUUUGAUCCCGCGAGUUUACCGCAACCUGGAUUUGUUUUGAAUCCGGCGGUGUUGGUCCGAAUGGAACAUCGCAGGUCAAUCUCGCUGCUUCAGUUUAUGUCAAACGAAGGGCUCAUUCCGUCCCCAGAGGAGGAGUUGAAGAGGAAAAAUGUAAUUGAGAAGCUCAAAGAGAUAGUGUUGACAUGGGUUAAGAGGGUUGCUUGGCAACGUCAACGCCCAAAACAACAAAUUGCAGUUACUUCUGCAACGAUUUUAACUUAUGGCUCGUAUGGCCUUGGAGUUCAUGGGCCAGAAUCAGACAUUGAUGCUCUAUGUGUUGGCCCUUUCUUUGCUUCCAUGGCUGAUGAUUUUUUUAUUGUUCUGCGCAACAUGCUUGAAAGUAGACCAGAAGUCUCAGAGAUCCAUUGUGUCAAAGAUGCCAAAGUUCCUCUAAUGCGGUUCAAAUUUGAUGGAAUAUCCGUUGAUCUUCCAUAUGCUCAGCUUAAACUAUUAUAUGUUCCUGAAAAUUUGAAUGUACUCAACCCAUAUUUUCUAAGGAAUAUCGACGAAACAAGUUGGAAAAGCUUGUCCGGAGUACGAGCCAAUGAAUGCAUUCUUCAGCUUGUUCCAAAUGUGGAGAAUUUUCAAUCAAUACUUCGAUGUAUUAAAUUAUGGGCGAAAAGGCGAGGGGUGUAUGGUAACUUAUUUGGGUAUUUUGGUGGAGUCCAUUUGGCCAUUCUUGCUGCUUUUGUUUGUCAAAAGAAUCCACAUGCCAACUUAAAUGUUCUAAUGUCAAGCUUUUUUAAGACUUUCUCCGGCUGGCCUUGGCCUACACCAGUAGCAUUGGAAGAUGGAAGACUACCAACUGGAGGCACCAGAGAAACACGUGCAUUAAUGCCCAUUCAAUUACCAUGUAGCCCUUAUGGAUAUUGCCAUUCAAACAUCACGAAAAGCACAUUUUACAGGAUCACGACAGAGCUUACCCUAGGGCAUGCUCUGACUCGGGAUCUCCUAAGGCUAGACUUUGACUGGAAUGACAUAUUUGAGCCUUUUUGUUACUCCAAGAAAUAUUCGCGAUUUAUAAAAAUUUACCUGUCGUCUUCUAAUCAAGAUGAAUUAGGGGAUUGGGUGGGUUGGGUAAAGUCACGCUUUCGCUUCCUUCUUGCAAAGGUGGAGGAGGUACAGGGUCUGUGUGACCCCAACCCAACAGAGUUCAUUGAUCCUGAUGCAGGAGGGCCAAAUGUUGUGUUUUUCUGGGGCGUACAACCUGGUAGGAUAAAUUUUUCGGACAUAGAUGUUGUGGAGGAUGACUUCAUGCAAAACAUUAAUAACGGUGGCUAUCAAGGCCCUCCUGGAAAGAUGAAUUUGUCUGUCAUUCCUACUUCUCAGCUGCCUGGUUAUGCUCAGCUGGAUACUGGAAGUAGGAACAGGACAAAAGCAUGCUGGAGGAUGUUUAAUUAUCAUCAACCAAGGGUCCCGGUGUUCUCGCAGCAUCUGCCUCUGUACUUUGUAGGGUAUGCAGCAACCGAUAAGGAUGCUAAGCGCCUGGAUGCUUGGAGCUAGGCUUCUCUUAAGAUGAUCACCUCUGUUUUCUGGUAACGGUCCUUUUUUUGUUUCUUUUUUCCUUUCUUAUUUUCUGGUUGGCCCGGCACUGAAUUUUGAUUUUCUUGGGUACACAGUUUUUUUUUUAUAUGAUUUAUCUUUACUGGAAGAAGGUAUACGAUGAUAUGGAAUGGGGUAAAGUUUUUUAUUCAACAGUAAAAGGGUGAGACUGUACAAAUUAAAGAUAGAGGUGGUGGUGUAUAGGACUUGUAAAUUUCUCUGUAUACCUCUCAUAAAUAUCUUUUGUAACUCUAUACCUUGGGAAAGAAUUUUAUAUUUAAUCAUACAUUUUUGUUUGUGGAA